AUGUCUUUAUCACAACCCCUAUCUACAUCACAUCUCGCCCCACCCGGCGCCACAAGCUCACACUUGCCACCAUCAUACACGCCUGAUGAUGCGCCAACAGUCUCACACCAACUCACAGCAAGUCAUGCAUCUACCGCGGUCUCUCGGACGUCGUUUUCGGACGAAGAUCCGGCGAGCACCACGUUGCGCAGCAGCAUGGAGACGAGCGACUCGUCGACGCGUGGCAAGGCGAAACUCACUGCUCGCGUGCACUUCUUCCUCGUAUUUUCAGCGCUGUGCGUGUCAUCGUUCCUGUCGGCGUUGGAUCUGACGACGGUAUCGACCGCGCUGCCAACAAUUGUCGCGGACCUGCAGAACGACGCGAUCAAGUUCGGUAAGCAUCGGCAUAAUGCCACUAUGCCCAUCGCUCCUCCGUCUGGAAGCAGUGGAGGCGGAAGCGGCAGCGGAGGUGAGGGAGGCACGUACAUCUGGAUCGGCGCGGCGUACACGAUUGCAGGCAUGUCGAUCCUGCCCAUGACCGGCGGGCUGUGCGAGAUCUGGGGCCGCAAGGCGAUCCUCAUCACGUCGCUGCUGUUCUUCCUGUUUGGGUCGGUCGUCUGUGGGGCGAGCCAUUCGUUGGAGAUGAUGAUCGUCGGGCGUGCGUUGCAGGGCAUUGGGGAUGGGGGGAUCAUCUCGCUUGCUGAGAUCGUGGUGGCCGAUCUGGUGAGUCUGAGCGAGAGGGGCACGUACGAGGGGAUCUUGGGCGUGGUGUGGGCCGGGGCGAGCGCCAUCGGUCCGCCCAUCGGUGGCGUCUUUUCGCGCAAGGACAAGUGGCGCUGGCUGUUCUGGUUGAACAUCCCCAUCACGGUCGUGGCCAUCAUGAUGAUCAGCUGCUUUAUGAACAUGAAGACCCCGCAGACCGACGUGCGCUCCAAAGUCAAGAGCAUGGACUGGACGGGCAAUGCGCUGCUCAUCCUUGCCACGUGCGGGCUGGGGCUGUCGCUCACCUGGGGCGGCGCCAAGUACUCCUGGAUCAGCGUGCCCGUGCUCGUGCCGCUCGUCGUAUCGAUCCUGCUCUUCGUAGCCUUUUUUUACUUGGAGCUGUUCAAGCUCAAGAACCCCACCGUCCCACGGGCACUGCUGUCGAACCGCACUGCGGUCAGCGCGCACCUCACCAGCUUUGCGCACGGCGUUAUCACGAUGGCCAUCAUCUAUGUCAUCCCGACCUACUUCCAGGCGGUCAAGCUCUCGUCGACCAUCAUGUCCGGCUGGAUGGUGCUGCCGUUCAGCUGCACCGUCGCGUUUACCGCGAUUGGGUUUGCGAUCAGCAUCGAGGUCAUGCAGCGCUAUGUGCCGCACAACCACCUAGGCUGGCUGUUUACGCUGCUGGGCGUGCCGCUGCUCUUGCUGCUUGGUGUCAACUCGCAUGCGGCGACGUGGGUGCUGGUGCAAAUUCCGAUUGCGAUUGGGUGUGGAAUCUUGUUUGUCGCGCCCCAGUUCCCCGUACUUGCAUCGGUGGCGGUGGAGAUGGCGUCCAAGGCGCUCGCGCUGCAGCUGUUCUUCGCGUCUUUUGGCCAGACUCUGGGGAUCAUGCUGGCAGAAGCAGUGUUCCAGUCGUCCGUGCACAAGGCCAUCAAGUCGGAAACCAUCCAACGCCUGGCGGCAAAUGGCUCGCUCCCCUUCAACAUCGAAGACAUCUCCUCUCCCUACUCGAUGCACUUUGGUGCGCUGCGACACCUCACCCCAGAGGCGAGCUUCGCCGUGCGCAGCGUGUACAACUCGGCGCUGCGCCACGUCUGGAUCCUUCUCAUCCCCUUCGCCGUGGUCGGCUGGGGACUGUGCUUCCUGAUGAGGGAGAUCGAGAUGCACGACGAGGUCGACGAGCGCUUUGCCGCCGACGUGCUUACGCAGGACGAGUACGACGGCCGCAACGGCGACAGGGAGAAGGGUCUCCUCGUCCAGUCGCCUGUUGCUAAGCCACUGGGAGCUGCGGUGCUCGACACACCCGCGAUCGAGGCUGAAGACAAGUCGCUGUGGACCACCAACCCGACGCCUGCCAAGGAAGAGGACGAUAGCAUGCUCGAACCGUCGAGCUCAAUGCAGUUGCUUCAACUCCCCACCGUCGGCGAUCAUGGUCAUCACCAUCACCCCAACUCAUAA